AUGUUCUGUAAAGACUGUGGCCGUCGUGAGGUGAACAUCAUGUCCGAGUGCCAUGUCACCCGGCCAGGCAGUCCCUUCCUCUACCGGCGUCUCUUGGUCACCUCACCGGCGCGUCAAGACUGCCGAUGCCUACCGCCCAAAUCCCAUGUCAUUCUGGAGGCCUGCCAAUGCCGGAAUCGGCAUCAGCGGGUACUUCGGACGCCCUGUCCAGGACAUUGCACAGCCGCCAACGCCUUGACGACUUCCAGAAACAAGUGCGACAAGAGCGUCUGUCUUCAGACGACAGUGUGGAUGAGGAUGGUGUAUUCCGAAAAGAAGACGUCUGGGAAGCAGUCGCUGGGCGACAUUGCCCCUGCAGCUUGUGAGCCAAAGGAGUUCAAGCGAGAUGUAAAGCGUUGCUGUAAGUCAUUUAUACUUCACAUUUCUCUCUUUUUCAAAUAUCUCUCGGCAAAUGGGAUAGUAAGAUUUUUUACUGAGCUUUGA